GACGAUUUCUACACUUUGUAUUGACGAUUUCUAGUAAGUCGAUGAAUUCCGGAGAUAGUCGAUGUAUAACGAAUGCAGUUGGGAGGAGACAAAAUAAACCGAAGAUGGAAGAUUCCCUUCAGAACACUCUCGAUUGACUUCAUUCGCAACAGUAUUUAAACAACAUCGAUAACGGUCUCCCAGCUGAAGGAACAUGACCAUUAACUUACUUUUAUAUAUUCCGAUUACGACGUGCAUGUUUGUAAACGUGAUAAAACUUGAAAAUUAACAUCACUCAUUCUAGGCUAUCUGUCACUGAAUCUUUGGACUUUAAACCAGUUGCUAACUUCUACCAUAAGUAAUGUUUGGAUAUAUUUGGUCAGAUUUUGUCAAUGGCGAGGCAAUUAAAGACCAUACUGAAUGGAUGGAAAGUGUGGCAUAUAAUCCACACCUUUUAUACAGUACUUUAAUAAUCGCUAUUCUCUUGACGAAGGGUUAUGGUCGAAACAUUGCCCUAGCAGUAAGUCGAAAAUUACUCCAAGAACCAAGCAGAAAAUUAUGGAGAGCGAUCAGAGUUAUCAAACCGCGACAGAUUAUCUAUUAUGGCAUGAGAUGGGGCAUACCAUUACAUAAGCUUAAGGACCUUCUGCUGCUUCAUAGAAAACUUCUGGAGAUAAUACCUGGACGACAACGAAAUGGCUUAAACCGCUCAAGAAAAUCUCUCAAGAAACAUUCAUUUAGAAAAAGAAGGAUAAAUCCCACAGUUGGUCUAUACAGAGCUUUACCACUGAAGGUGAUGUCCCGUCUUUGGGGAAAGAUGACAACUAUGGACCUGCCUGUGGCUUUGCGUCAGCCAUUGCUUGGACUUUACUGCCGCAUGUUCCAUGUUAAUCUAUCGGAGGCCUUAGAUGAAAACCUAAAACACUACUGCAGUGUUAGCGAGUUUUUCAGAAGGGAGCUGAAGCCAGGUGUCCGGCAGGUUGAUCAGCAUUCACCAGUUACGAGUCCAGCAGAUGGAACAAUUCUUCACUAUGGAUGCGUGAAAGAGGGCAUUGUAGAGCAAGUUAAGGGUGUCAACUACUCCAUUCAGGGAUUCUUGGGACCAAGUGGGGAGAAGGAAAGCAAGCCAUUGUUGGAUGAUGAUUUUCAGAAGCAGCUCCACAGUCGGCCAGACCAUGAAUUGUUCCACUGCAUCAUUUAUCUGGCACCUGGUGACUACCACCGUUUCCACUCACCCAGCACAUGGACAGUGAAACACAGGCGACAUUUUCCAGGUGAAUUACUGAGUGUCAAUCCCGGUGUGGCUCGAUGGAUUGAGGGAUUGUUCAGCUUAAAUGAGAGAGUUGUGUACACUGGUUCCUGGCAGCAUGGCUUCUUUUCCUACACAGCAGUUGGUGCUACAAAUGUGGGAUCCAUUAAAGUCUAUUUUGACAAGGACUUGGCGACUAACACAGGACGUGCCUAUCCAUCAACAGUUUACUAUGACAAAUGUAUUGAUGAUGUGCUAAUUACCAAAGGUGACAUGAUUGGAGAAUUCAACAUGGGAUCAACCAUAGUUCUGAUAUUUGAAGCCCCAUCCAACUUCAAAUUUUCUCUUUAUGCUGGCCAAAAAAUUAUGUUUGGUCAACCAUUAGGAAGUUUAGAAAUUUCAUCUUAAUAUAUAGAACAGUGUUAAGUAUUUUAAAUGAGUGAAGUAGAUAAAGUAAUAAUUUGAGACAGAAAUUUGCAUAUAAAGAGAAGACUGAGAAAUAAGACUAAAUUAAGGUUAGUAUGAACUUCCAUUUCACAUGUAAAUCAUAAAAGUUGUUAGGUUUAAAACUGUAACGCUACUCCCUCUUUUUGAGACAUAAGCUGAAUUAUUUUCAUAAUCAACUGUAUUAUUAGAAUAUUGCGGCAAGCAUACACAAAUGAUUUAAAUUCACUUAAUGAAGUUCCUUUUCCAGACGAUGUUUUGAUAAUUUGUAGAGACUUUGAUUUUUUUUGUCAAUGUGACAUUUUUGUUUUUGAUAAUUUUGUUUGUUACCUCUGAAAAUACUAUACCAUAUGAUAGGGUUAUUGGUAUAGUUGAUGUGAAUCAUGCUGUUACCUAUGCUGAAAUAAAUCUUAAAAUAUU